AUUGCUUUAGCAAUAGCGCAAAUGAUUUGAAAAUGCUUAGUGCAAUUCUGAAAAAUUUGGUAAAUGUAGCAAAUGUACCAUGCUCUGACACAAAACUGUGUGAAAAGAUUCACUGCAGUUCACGUGCAGCUUUUUACUCACACUUCCAUUCAGAUGGCUCCUGUGAUGGAUUUCAGGACCUUAGUGCUAUUGAUCUAGAAAUUCAAAGUAUUGCGAAAACUGUAUUAAAAAUGCUUCCUGAUCCUGAAGAACUUUCCGAGGAGAAACUUAAGACUGUUUUAGACUUCAAAAAUAAAGAAUCAAAACCUAUGCUGGUGCAAUUUACAAAAGCUCAUAUUAAAUCAUCAGUUGUGGACAUUGAACUAAAGCGUUUGAAAGCUCUUUUGCCUGAAGUGUGGCUAGUAUAUUUUGAUUGUGCAAAAUAUCAAAUCAUAUGCUCAUCAUUGUUUAUAAAGAAGUAUCCUACCUUUAUUCUUUUCAAAGGCGAAAGUUUAUAUGAAUUUUUUUAUGGAAGAAUAUCUGUUCAUGAUGUUGUUCAGUUUACUAAAGCAGUAUUAUUAAGUCAAGUGCAUACUCUCACACCUGCUAACUUUCCUGGUGUUACCCAAUCUCAGGACAUUUGGUUCAUUGAUUUUUUUGCUCCUUGGUGUCCUCCUUGCAUGGAAUUAUUGCCACAUUGGAGAAAAGCUUCACAAUCCAUUCAUCACAGUGUAAAGUUUGGAACUGUAGACUGUUCAACUCACGUUAAUCUUUGCCGCAUGUAUAAUAUCAAUUCAUAUCCAACUACGAUUCUUUACAAUAAUUCAAUUCCUCACGGAUACAGUGGAUUACAUUCUCAUAGUCACAUUCUAGAGUUUAUAGAAGAUAUCUUACAUCCAUCCAUUGUGUCUCUUUCUCCCCAACUGUUUAAUGAUCUAGUGCGUUCAAAGAGGAUGAAUGAAAUCUGGGUCAUAGAUUUCUAUGCUCCGUGGUGUGGACCUUGUCAACAACUAGCUCCACAGUGGCAGAAACUGGCAAAGAUGUUGAAGUCGUUAUCCUUUGUUCAUAUUGGUGAUGUUAAUUGCCAGCUUCAUAGUUCCCUUUGUGAUGAAAUGAAUAUUAACAGCUAUCCCACUAUUCUUUUAUAUCCUAGAGAAAGUACUGGAAUCAAAAAAUUCGUCACAUUCAAUGGAAGAAGUAGAGAUGCUGCCUCUCUUCAAGGCUGGAUUCAUGAUUUCUUGCCUUCAAAAGUAGAGUCUUUGGGAAGUUCAACAUACAAAAAUGUAUUAUCUGAUACUCAGCCUUGGGUUAUUGAUUUUUUUGCCCCUUGGUGUGGACACUGUCAAAUGUUUGCUCCAGAAUUUGAAAAAGUUGCUCAAGUUGUUGAGGGACAAGUGAAGGUUGGUAAAGUAAACUGUGAUCAUUUUCCAGAUGUAUGUAAAAUGGCUGGAGUUCAAGCUUAUCCAACAAUUUUGUUUUAUGAAGGAAGAAAAGGACAUGCCACUCAGAAUCCCAUGGGUGAAGAAAUAGAAAUUCUUUCAUACAAAGGAGUUUUUUCAUUUUUGAAUACAAGGUUGGAAUUAAAAAACAACAAGGAGCAUAUUCCUAAAGAUGAACUUUGAUGGUAUGAACUGGAUGCUUAACUAUUAACAUGUGAUACUUUUGGAAGAUUUCCUGUUUCUGUGACAUGCAUUUUUAUUUUUUGUAUUUUAUUUACUUACAUACUUGUAACAUAUUUUAUUAUAUAAUAAAUAUGAAAAUGUCUGAUUUAUGAA